AUGGGUGAACCCAAGUGGGGUGUCUACGUUGGCAAGGCCAGAGAUGUGACCUGCCCCGGUGAUAAUGUCACAUACGAGUUUGUGGUCUACGAUGGCCACAGGUGCAGCCUGGAGUGUAUCCCUGAGAAGUCCUUCUUCUGCGGUGGUCAGCCGCCCUGGAAGUGCGAGGGCAACUACGAGGUCGAGGAUGGAGAGAUCGAAAUGGAGGUGACCAAGCCAGACGUGGUGGGGCCCCGCCGCGAUUCAGAUGUGAAGCUGGAGGCCUCCGAGUCCAAGCCGGAGGUCACCUUUCGGCAGACGAGGCUCUCCUGGGUGGGAUCCCCACCGCCGCUGCCCUCACAGGACCCGGCCAAGUUGAAGAAGGCACAGCUGCUGAAGGAGGAAGAAGAAGCCGCCCGGCGCAAAAGCGAGCUUGAUGCCGUGCGUGAGGAGCUGGAGCGAGAAAAGGCACAGCAAGAAGAGCUUGCGCAGAAGGAGAAGGCGGAGCUGGAGCUGCUGCGGUCAGAGCUGCGACGCCAGCGGGAAGCGCAGGAGGCGGAGGCUGCGCAGCGCAGGGCGGAGCUGGAGAAACAGAAGGAGGAGCUUCGGGCCAUCGAAGAGGAGAAGGCUCGCCUGGCCAAGCUGCGGGAGGAGGAGCAGCAGAGCCAGCAGCAGCAAGAGCUCGAGGCGCAGAAGGUCUUGGAGGAGGUGCGGCAGCAGAGGGAAGCGCUCAAGGCCCUGGAGGAAGAGCGCCAGGAGCUUGCCAAGCGCGAGGCUGGGGAGCAGCAGCGGCGCAAGGAGGAGCAGGAAAAAGAAGCUACACGCAUGGCAGCCGAGGCGGAGCAGCACAAGGAGGAGAUCCAGCGGAGGCGGUCUGAGCUGCAGACCCUUGAGGCUGCCAGGGAUGAGGUCUUAGCGAAGAAGAUGGAGGAGGAGCAGCGAUUCACCUCUGAGCUGCAGAGGUGGGCGGAGCAGCAGCAGGAGGAGCUCCGGAAACACCGGGAAGAGCUGCGAGCGUUGGAGGCAGAGAGAGAGGAGGUCUUGCAGAAGAAGCUAGAAGAGCAACAGCGGCUGCGGGAGGCCCAGGAGCAGGAGGCGCAGCAGGCCGCGGCGGAGCGGGUGAAGCGCCAGGAGGAGGCGCUGAAACAGGAGGAGGAGAUCCACCGCAAGCGCAGAGAGCUCGAGGAGCUGGAAGCAGAGCGAGAAGCAGCGAGGAGGCUCAGAGAAGAGGAGGAGCACCGUCGCGAGCUGGAGAAGGCGAGGCAAGCCGCGGAUGAGGAAGAGCGGGCUCGGUUGGCAAAGGCCAUCGAGGAGCAGCAGAAGGAGAUCGAGAAGCGGAACAGUGAGCUGAAGGCUUUAGAUACUUUGCAUGAGGAGGCCGCCCAGCGCAGUCAAAGCUUCCAAGAGGAGCAGCGCGCAGAGGUGGCGCGCGUGGAGGAAGAAAGGCCUGCGGCCUUGGGCGACUGGUCCUUCUGGAUCAGCGGCAUCCUCUAA